AUGAACCCCUCCCACCAACCACCCAGCCCCGUCCCACCGAGGACCAGCUCCGCCGGUGCUACAAAUAGCCCCGCGAGCCCCCCAUCCCACCGCCAUCGAAAAUCAGUCACCGACGAUUCCGCCAACGGCCACCCCCCAAGGCAGAAACAUAAGCGCAACAGGUCCAGUGUCGACGGCACCAAGUACAAAGAUGGCACCUGGUCCUCCAAAAAUGAGAAAAUCCUCAUAGGCCCCUACGACUACAUGCACCAGCAUCCCGGCAAGGAUGUACGCACCCAGCUCAUCCAAGCGUUUAAUUCCUGGCUCCAGGUGCCACCAGAGAGCUUGGCCAUCAUCAGCAAAGCGGUCCUGAUGCUGCACACGGCAUCCCUACUAAUCGACGAUGUCGAAGACAACUCUGUCCUCCGCCGCGGCGUCCCCGUCGCCCACAACAUCUUCGGCACAGCCCAAACCAUCAACUCCGCAAACUACGUCUAUUUCCUCGCCCUCCAAGAAAUCCAACGCCUAAAUAAUCCCGCCGCAAUCGACAUCUACGUCAAGGAGCUCCUUAACCUUCACCGGGGCCAGGGUAUGGACCUCUUCUGGCGCGACACCCUCACCUGCCCCACCGAAGACGAGUACCUCGAAAUGGUCGGCAACAAGACAGGCGGUCUCUUCCGACUCGCCGUCAAACUCAUGCAAGCCGAGAGUAGCACAGGCAAAGACUGCGUCAGUCUGGUGAAUGUCAUGGGUCUAAUUUUCCAGAUCUGCGACGAUUACCUGAAUCUCUCCAAUACGGCAUACACGCAUAAUAAAGGUCUCUGUGAAGAUCUGACCGAGGGAAAAUUCUCUUUCCCGAUUAUUCAUAGCGUUCGCUCGAAUCCUGGCAAUCAUCAGCUUGUGAGCAUUCUAAAGCAGAAGACUCAGGAUGAGGAAGUGAAACGCUAUGCGGUGCAGUAUAUGCAAAGUACCGGCAGUUUCACGCAUACACGGCAGGUUGUUCGAGAUUUGCACGAUCGGGCGUUGUCUCUGAUUGAAUUGAUUGAUGCUACGCCCCGCAUUAAUGGUGCUGGGGAUGGCGAGAUGGUGCGUGCUGUUCUGCAUAAAAUUGUGGAUUCUACAUUAUCGGAUGAAUCGGCACAGUAG